UAGUGAACUGGUUGAAGUGGGAGUGCCCUGCUGACUGAGCUGCUGCCUCUCUGUGUGUGUGUCUCUCUCUCCUCUCAGUGUGUCUUCACCUCUCUCACUCGUCUACUCGUCAGCCUCUCCUCUCUCUCUCCUCAGAGCAGCACAAAGUCUCAACAGCAAAAAUGUUUCUUGCAAAGAAUUUGAUCGGAGGGCUCAUCAACAUCGUGAGCAACAUCGACCCUGCUCAGUUUGUUCCUUCAGACCCUCCUCCUCCUCGCAGGCCGGUGAACUUUGCAGAAGCUCACGAGAAUGAAGAGGAGCAAAAGUUUCGGAAGGUUUUCAAGCAGCUGGCCGGAGAUGACAUGGAGGUGAGCCCCACUGAGCUGAUGAACAUCCUCAACAGAAUCAUUUCCAAACACGAUAGCCUGAAGACUGACGGUUUCAGCAUCGAGUCCUGCAGGAGCAUGGUCGCUGUCAUGGACAGUGACAGCACGGGGAAACUGGGCUUCCACGAGUUUAAA